UACGCAGGCGCCAGGGAGCACUGAUGACGUCUUACUACUCCGCCCGGGAAGUUUCUUCUCGUUGUAUUUGGCUUAGAAGCCGGUGAUAGGAUUACAGCAGUAGAAUGGUUGGCGGGUUUGUGGUGAAUACUAGUUAAGCUGUUUUAGCUUUCCGGGGACAAGGAACCUUCCCUGCUGGCAGCGCCGCACAGGAGAGAAGAAGAGGCCAAAUGAGAAGGAGAGACGUGGACUUCAGCUGCCCCCCAUACGGCUGCGAUGGCAUCACAGAAGAGAAAGUCACCUCCGGUGAGAUCUUCUGCAAAACGCCAGAAGCUUGAUAAAGACCAUGAACACCAUUCUGUAACCACAAAAAAGACAAAUGGCAAGUCAAAAACGUCUACAGCUAAUCAUACUUCGGCUAAAAAGAAAAGUGUACUGAAACCCCAAGUGAAAGCAAAUACUCCUGCAAAAAAAGCCAUCAAGAAGCCACCUUCAAGGCUGUCUCCACAGAAAGUUUUGCAAAAAAAAAUAAAUGAGAGAAAAUCAGCCAAAGCUAAUACAGCUAAAAGUGUGCCUGUAAAACGGUCAGUAUUGAAAACAACCAAAGAAGCACCGACUUCAAGCAGAAUUACCCAGGUGUCACGUAGUUCAGGUCAAGCUUCUACAGCAUCAAAAAGGGGUAAAGCAGAAAAUAAGAGAGCAAAUAUGCAAAAUUCAAAAAAUACAUCUAAGGUUGGAAAAAACCUAGUUAAGAACACUUCUUUAGCUAGGCUGAAAGUAUCUGCAUCUGGGAAAAAUGAGAAAAGCAAAACAGGCACUAAAAGAAGCUCUAGACUCUUGGAACUGAAACAAGGAAAAGCGCAGAGCAAAGAAACACCAAAAAAUGCAAAGAAAAAUCUAAGUAUUAGGUGUACUAAAACAGAACCCUUAAAGGGCAGACCCACCUCUGUGAAAAAAACCCCAGCACAAAAUAAAGGAAAUAUUGAGCUUCGGGGCAAAGCUGACAGAAAAUCUAUCCAAAAGAUUUCUGCAAGUAAAGAAUCUGCUGUAAUUGGUAAGAAGAAAGCACACAUUUGCACAAUCACUCAUGCACAGCCAAAGGAAAGCUCCAGCAAAAAACAUGGUAAGCAGUUGCAAGUAACUAUAACAUCAUCCCAAGCAAAGAAAUCAAAUAGCAGGCAAUCUAAGAGAACCCCACGGCUUUCAAGUUUGUCGCCUGCAAAUAGGAAAACACAGAGGGGAAAGACACAGGAAUGCCAAGGGCAAGGUAUAAAAACUGCUGUUAAAAGCAGGACAUUAAGGACCAGAGUAAAAGGACCAAAUGAGGGAACAAAACUGAAGGCAAUUCAAAAUGAAGGAAUAAAAAACAUGGGCACUAAUAAUGGUAAAGCGAUAGAACUGGCUUCCUUCAAGUCUAAUACAGAUGUAACUGAAAAUGAGGUGGAUGCAUGCUGUCUUUCUUCUGGUGUAUCUCUUUCUAAAGAGCCUUUAGAGAAAGCAGAACCCACAAAAUGGAAAACAUCCAGUACAGAUACCCCAGCAAAGAAAAAAACACCCUGUGCUAAGGCUUCACCUAAAAAGGUCACAGUAGAGAGACGGAAAACUGUUUCAGGUACUGCUAAAAAUAAACCAACCCCUUCACUUCCAGAUGUCCCUAAAGCUAAGAGGAUAAGUAUUCUUGAUAUAUGUAAUGAAAUAGCAGGGGAAAUUGAGUCUGAUACAGUGGAAGUAAAAAAAGACGUGCCAAGUUCUCAAGAUAUGCAACAGAAAGACCAUCUAAUUGAGGAGAACAAAGAGAGCGCACAACCUGAAGCCAUACAUCUCUGCCAUGGCGAAGAGAAAAACAAGAGUCAUUCCAAACGAUUCUUUUCAAGUAGAACAGCUGUAAGGCUCAAAUGUAAGUUAGACAGGAAAACCAGUCCAGCACUGAAGAACUCAAAAUGGAACAAAAUCAAACUAAAUAAAGCAAAUAACUUAUCUCGAAUGAAUAUACCAAGGAAUCGUGCUAUUCUUCCCAAUCUGGAUGUGAUAAAGGCAAGGUCAAAACUUUCCCAGACUGGCCAGUUGGCUGCUAGCACCUUAGAUAAGACUUUGGAUAAAAAAUUACCUGUGGAAAUGAAUACAGUGUCUUAUUUACCUGAUUCUAAAAAAACGAAGCCUGCAGCUAUACAGAAGAACAAACAGGAAAAGACUGAAAAUGGUGUGUUGGACAAGCACAUAAAUCAUGAUCUUGAAAUAACAUUUGAUGAGGGUUUCAGGUUGCAUUUAGAUUCUAGUCCAGAAAGUUCUCCAUUGAAGAAGCCUCCAACGAAACCACCUCAGUUACAAUCUGAGCAACAGAAUCCAGAUGUGAUUGCAUCUAAAGCCUGUGCUUCCAAGCAGCUGUUUAAUAGCUCACUAACAGACCAGAUGGCACCAUCUGAUGAGGGGAGGAAUAGACUGACAAGCCGUGUAUCAUCUGCAAAAUCUACUUCCUCAGAAGCAAAUAUUCAGAAAGAAGUGAAGAAGCUGAAAGAAGCAGAGAAAGAUGGCAACAAACAAGCAAUUAUAGAUGCAGGUCAGAAACGUUUUGGAGCUAUAUCCUGUAAUGUUUGUGGAAUGCUAUAUACAGCAUCAAAUCCUGAGGAUGAAGCUCAACAUCUGCUCUUUCAUAACCAGUUUAUCAGUGCUGUGAAAUAUGUGGGCUGGAAGAAAGAAAGGAUUGUUGCAGAAUUCCCUGAUGGUAGGGUAAUCAUGGUAUUGCCAGAUGACCCUAAAUAUGCACUGAAAAAGGUUGAUGAGAUUAGAGAAAUGGUUGAUAAUGACCUGGGUUUCCAGCAGGUUCCUCUUAGGCUCCAUUCCAGAACCAAGACUCUUCUGUUUAUUAGCAAUGAUAAAAAAGUUGUUGGGUGUUUAAUAGCAGAACAUAUACAGUGGGGCUACAGAGUGAUUGAUGAUUUAAGUCCCGAGGGUACAUCGGAGAAAGAGAAAGCAAUUUCUGAGAGAGUGAAGGCAUGGUGCUGCUCAACAUCUCCGGAACCAGCAAUCUGUGGUGUGAGUCGCAUUUGGGUCUUUUCGAUGAUGCGCCGAAAGAAAAUUGCAUCCAGAAUGCUUGAGUGUUUAAGGAAUAACUUUAUCUACGGCUCCUUUCUGAAUAAAGAUGAAAUUGCAUUCUCAGAUCCGACUCCUGAUGGCAAACUCUUUGCAACUCGCUAUUGUGGCACCAGUCAGUUCCUUGUGUACAACUUUGUCAGUGGGCACAGUUGAAUGUGCCAAAGAGGAGGCCACCUAACUACCCAUCUGCAUCCGUUUCCAUGUAUCCUAACAAUGAACUCAGGAUACGAGCAGCUACGUUGCUGUUCGGUUUUCAUAAAAACUGGGAAAAAAAGACUCUGGGGAAAAAGCUUAAAUUUUUUAAAGCAGAUAUUUUGUUAUCUUUUUUCAAAAGAUGCCGGUUGAAGUAUUUUCUAUAUAGUAUUCUAGUCAUGUUUACAUGCAACAAUUGAUUUUGUUCAUAGUGGACUAAACUAUAUUGUACAGACGGAAGACAUUGUGAUGAGUGUGAACUGAAGGCUCCUGGGUAGGUGUAUACAAGUACAGCUGUUUUAUGUAUAGAUUUUAAUUUAUUUAGGGCUAUGCACUCAUCUUGCACCACAUUCCCUGCCUGGAAAUUGGCUUGCCCAUAAUGCUUUGCAGUAACAAAAUGUCAGUUUGUGUCACAUUCUUAGUGAUUUGGAGAUUGUGUUCUAUUUUUUGGUGGUUACAUUUUGGUGGUUCCGAUUAUGAGCCAGUAGAACCAGUGGACUAAUAGUAUGGUCCCUUUGGGUCCUUACAUACUGAGACUGAAUAAGUGAGUACAAGUGCAAACAGUAUUGGAGAUUGAGAUUUUCUCGUAUUUCAUCCAGAAAUUCAUAUUUUCAAUUCUUCAGUAUUACAGAUUUAACGGCAAUGGAUCUGCCAGUAAAUCUGUAAUCACCUGUUUCACGCUUGGCCUGAACCCAAAUUCUGCUCGCUGGUUAGCCCCGCAUUGUCUCAUUCCUCUCUCCCCUACCCAGCAUCACCCAGGCAGGCUCUUGCGCUUUUAUAAACAUCACUAAAAAUGUUUAUUUUUAACGAGUUCUGUUCUAAUAGAGAAAAGGACAAAUUCUGGUCAAGGUUGUGUGUGACCUGGUAGUUUCAUAUUCACUGGCUUUUAGAUGUGUGCUCUGUAUAUACCUUCCCAGGCCUUCCGAAUGAUACUUGUCUGCUUUUAGUCACUCUUUUUAAAGGGUUUAUACUGUAUGUUGAUUAACUGCUGUGGCCUUUCUGUAAAUGUGUAGAAUAUGAAUUUAAAAAAAAAAAUGCAAAUCUUUCUUUUAAUUAAAGUUUUCAGUGGUUUAAAA